AACAUGGAGUCCCCACAAUCGCGCAGGCCCCAACAAGCCAUAAUCCCCCGCUCGCAUCGUCUGACCCGCUGCCAAACUGGAAGCGCCGCCGUGUCAUCACUCCAAGAAAUUCGUACAAAAUCAAGAAAUGGCCUAAAGCGUGAAGAAAAAGAUCAAAAUCCUUUAACAAGCAAAAAACCACAAAAGAAAACGGAAGAAAUUACAGACUCUGCCGCCGCCGGUUUUGUUAGGUUUUUGCCACGCAGUAAGAGCAAACCGAAGGUGCCAAGAAGAACGCGAUCAGCCUCUACUUCUCCUUCUGCAUGGGCAUUAUCUCCUGGGAGAUCUUCUCCGUUGCCGGUGCCGGUGCUGAAACCUCCCAGUUUGGAGACGUUGAAGUGGGACCCGAAAGGCGGUGGUGGUGGCAGAGGAGGAGGCGGUAUGAGUGCAGUUUUGAAGUUCUUUAGGCAGAAGAAAGUUUGUACCGUGUUAGAAGAAGAAUACCAUCGGUUUCGUGUGAUGCAUAAUAGGCUUUUACAGUGGAGAUUUGCCAAUGCUCGAGCUGAGACAUCAAUGGCGGCUGUCAAGAGACUUGCACAGAAGAAGAUUGUGAAUGCUUGGUUAAGAAUAUCCUUGACGAGAAAUAUGAUCGUAGAGAAGAGAAACCAAGUUUUAAAGCUGAAACACCAAAUCAAAUUGUAUGAGAUAAUGAAAUCCCAAAUGAAGUUCCUGACAGAAUGGUCAAGAAUUGAAGCCAAAAAUUGUGAAGCUGUUGGCAGAGUGGCUAGAAAACUCUCAGCUAUAUCAGUGUGUCUACCUUUAGUUGAUGGCGCUGAGGCGCAAGUAAUGACAUUCUAUGAUGCCAUAUCGACUGCCACUGGAGUUAUGGACAACAUAGAAGCAAUGAUCGUGGACAUGCAUAGGCAGAUUGAGACCGCGAGCUAUGUGUUGGUGGAGCUUAUGAUCAUGCUAAAGCAACACGAACAAUACUUCGAGCAAUUGAAAAAGAGUAUUGCAAUAGUUACAAAUCUAGAGGUAAAAGAGAACAGUUUGAGAGUGAAUUUCAUUCAAAUGGGCAAAGAAGUGAAGGAACCAUAUACCCAUCCAACUUGUAUGGACAAAAACUAAGAAAUUUUCAGUAGACUUAGUCAUGUAUCAAAAGGCACAAAAGAAAAACAAUUAUGAAGUCAGUUGACUCUAAGCGCUAGUUUGAAUCCCGUUACUUUAAAUUCCAUUACAUUCAAUUUUUCUCUUUUUUA